AUGGUGGAGAAGAAAUUCGUACCGAUCAGUCUCUUUCCAAAGAGGGCACGUCGGUUCACACAUGGCAGCCUGGCGACAUUAUUCCUGUUCAUCUACUUCUGUGUUACCAGGACAUCACACCACGUUGGCGAGACUCGAUCAUACUCUACCCAGGCCACGGCCGAUGUUGGUGAAAAAUUUCCCCGGAAAAUCUGGCAGAUUUGGAAAGUGAACCCACUGGAAUUUGACGGACGUGAUAUCGAGGUUGCGCGCAGCUGGACUGCAAAAAACCCGGGCUAUCGGUACGAAGUUCUGACCGACCAGAAUGACCUCGAAUAUGUUGAAACGAAUUUCGGACCUCUUGGGGAGAAUCGACCAGAUAUCGUUGAAACGUAUCGAUCUUUGACUGCGCCGAUUAUCAAGGCUGACCUGCUUCGGUACCUUGUGAUGUACAUAGAAGGAGGGGUCUAUGCUGAUAUAGACGUGGAAGCAUUGAGACCCGUGGAGCGAUUUGUCCCAAGCACUCAUGACGAAAGAGAUAUCGGCAUGGUCAUAGGCGUCGAAAUUGACGAGCCACAGUUCAGCGACCAUCCUAUAUUGGGUCAGAAAUCGCAAUCCUUCUGCCAAUGGACCUUCAUGUGCAAGCCCCGACAGCCCGUGAUGAUGCGCCUAGUCGAGAAUAUCCUCCACUGGCUCAAUGAGCUCUCCAUCAAGCAAGGAAAGCCCAUCUCAGAGCUUCAGCUGGACUUCGAUGAUGUGAUCACAGGCACCGGGCCUUCUGCCUUUACGGGUGCCAUCCUAUCUGAAAUGAGCCGUAUCACUGGCAAGACCGUGACCUGGGAUACGUUCCAUGAUAUCCCCGAGUCCAAAGUUGUUGGAGGGUUUCUGGUCCUGACGGUUGAAGCGUUCGCCGCUGGGCAAGGCCAUUCCGACUCGGGAACCCAUAAUUCGCGCAACGCGUUGGUCAAGCAUCAUUAUCAUGCCUCCGAGUGGCCAAAACGUCACCCCGAUUCAAUCACCCCCUUUUUGGGGAGGUUGAGAAGUGAAGAGCAGGAGCGGCAGAUUGCCAUAUUUCAGGCGAUAGGGGAAGCGUUGAAGAAGAUGGAACCGCCGCCGCAGCCCGCCUUUGGCGGUUUUUGA